AUGGAGGCAGACAAUGAGUUUUUUGAGGAGGUGUGUGAGGCUGGCGGCCUAGCGGCCCAGCGGCCUGGUGGCGUGAAGUUGGCGGUCAUGAGUUUGCGAAAACGGGAAGAGUGUGGCAUCUGUGGCAAAGAAUAUGGCAAAAGUAACAAAAGCCGGCAUAUGAAGAGACAUAAUGAUGUUGAUAAAGCUCUGAGUUGUCAUGUUAAACACCACAAGAGUAAAGAACACCGAAUUGGCAAGAGAUGGGAGUGUGAAAGAUGUAAGAAGGUGUUCUUCAUUCGUGGCAAUUACAAGGUCCAUGUACAAAAAUGCUGUACAGUAAUGGGUCUCGGGAUCGAGUCCCUUGCCAGGUGUGUAGAAAAACAUUUAAGAAUAAUGAUUCUCUCAGAUUUCACACUCGGACGCUUUGUUUGCGGUGUUUGUGGGAAGUGUUUUAGUAGGAGGAGCAACCUUGAUCGUCAUGUAGAGGCCAGUAAACACGAAGAAUCAUAA